CGCGAACGGCUACGUAUGAGAAUGUAGUAUACACGCUUACGAAGUAAAGUAGAACGUUAAAUCAGUUAAUCGGCUACGAGAUCGAGAAUAAAUGCGAAUUCGUAUUUUUAGUCGUAGCUAUAUAGAUGUUAUCGCUUUUAAUCCUCACAUUGCGACUUUGUCUUUCCGUGUAUAAAACUUAUUAUUCCUUCAUAUACAUAUUAUCUUCAUGACGCUGAUCUACGCAGUAAGUCCGUGAUACUCAAUCUAUGAUAAUACAAAAAACUAACGCGCAAUAAUCACUUUAUAUUUAUAAAUGAAAUUAAACUUAUUUUGUGUCACAUAAUAUUUAGAGUUUAGACAAAUUUUAAUAUAAAAAUUAAUUAUCAAGAAAAUAAUCUAUAUGUUCUCUUUUCUCAAAAACAACUAAAAUAUUUUCUUUUAAUUAAUGCCAAAAUAUGCACGAAUAUUUUUAGAUUGAAAUUGUUCAAUGGAAAAAAAAACAAAUAGCUAUUCUAAUAAGUUUUGAUGGUGCUUCCUUAUCGUUGCGCGUUAUCAUUUGUUUUGCUCACUUUUAUUUAGACAUAGCGGUGAAUUAUUGGUGACACAAGUGUUUCUUCUCCGCUGAUAUAUGUAUGUUAAUACGAUUUAUUUUUCACGUUAUUACAUCGGAAGAAACCACAAUUGGCAGAUGUGCGACAAAGGAUAUAUAAGACACGUAGAUCCUCGAAUUGAAUGUUGUACGAAGAUUUUUUUGGCCCGUUGGGCCUGCUAAUUGUAAUCGUGAUAGGAGUAGGAAUCAUCCUGAUCGCAUUGCUCCUAUUCGCUUGUUUUCUCACGCCUGGUUGCAUCGGUUAUGAAUAUUUCAAGAAACAAAGUAAAGAGAAGAAGAAUGUUCAUUUAAGAGCAAACAAUCAGGAGAAGAAAAAUUUGAAGCUAAAUGAUAUUAGCUACAGAUCUUGGAGAUUGGGUAGUUUGUAUGAAAAUGAUAACAACGGUACUAUCAAUGAGAAUGCGGAAUCUCAUAGGAAUUCAUUUAAUUCUACCAAUGCUCAAUGCGAGAACAUAGAGUAUUCCUCCACGCUGAAUUUGAUUCAGAUAGAUAAGCAGAAGAACGAAAAAAAAAUUAAUGAAUUUCCGACUGAAUUAACAAUGAGCUUGCAAUACCUACCCUGCGAUAAUAUCAUCGGGAAGCUUAUUAUCGGAAUCGAAGCAUUGAGUGGCCUUCCUCCAAAGCAAUAUAACGGUACAUUAGAACCUUAUGUAGCAUUGAAUAUUGUGAAACAAUCAUGGAGUCAUAGGAAGCGACAAAAAUUGCACAGUUUCAGAACAAGGAGCAUUAGACAUACUGCUAGCCCAAUUUACAAAGAAGCUUUCGCUAUUGCGAAUGUAAAGCCGCAAGAAGCCAAGGAAUGGAUUUUAGAUAUCACUGCAUAUGAUCACGACAGAUACGCAAAUCACACAGAAUUAUCUUCGCUUAAAGUAUUGCUAAAAGACAUGAAGCAGGUCUUCUAUAGCCCAGAAAUUCAUUUAUUCAAUUAUAGAAUGAAACCCUCCCAUCAGGAGUUUGGCGAUAUUUUAUUAGCCAUAAGCUAUCUGCCUACUGCCCAGAGACUGACUAUUAAUAUCAUGAAAUUGCGUAACAUCAUAUUUACACCAGUGAUAUCCAAUUUAAAUAAAUUUAAUCCGUACAUUAGAGUAUUAAUGCUGAAUGGAAAGACAGGUAAAAAGAUAAGAAAAAAGAAAACAAAAUGUUUGAACGCCGUUGUGCAGCCUGAAAUUAAUGAAAUUUUGACGUUUGAUCUGCCAAUCACUCAACUUGAUAUAGUCCAGUUUCUAAUCGUGCUUUGCAACAAGAUUUUACCGGAAGGAUCACCUACCAAUAUUGUCGAUCAUGCUAGCGACAGCGAGGAUUCUGUCAGCUCAUUUAGAAACUCUGCCAAUACCUCUAUUGGUAAAGUAGCACUUGGAAAAGGAGUGAGAGGUUCAACAGAAAGAUUACAUUGGUUCGCAGUGCUUCAAAAUCCAAGAAAACUUGUCAGCGUGUGGCAUACUCUGAAAUAAUAAAACCCAUCGUUAUAUUGUUACAUAUUUAUGUAUGUAUGUAUAAUAUAUAUAUAUAUAUAUAUAUAUAUAUAUAUAUAUAUAUAUAUAUAUAUAUAUAAGUAUAUACAGGGUGUCUCACAACUUCCGUACAAUAUUUUAUUAGCGUGUUCUAGAGGUAAAAUAGAGUAAAAAAUUAUAAUACAAAAAUUUUGAGGCUGCAAUAGUAUUUAAAUUAUAAGCAAUCAAAAUUUGCCAAUAAAACUCGCGUGCUCAGCUCUGUAAUUACGCGUACCAAUCUGUCAUCUAUUAUUGAUUUUUUUCAAGUUAGGUGAUUGAUUUUAUUGCACAGCUGAUUUUAUUAGUCGUUUCCUUUAUAUAUGUAUGUAUUACACCAAUAUCGUACAUUAUAACGAUAGGCAAAUAUUAAUAAAUUAUAAAUCUUAUACGGAAAACAUUUAAUUCUUGAAUAAUUUAAUUAAAUAAUUAAACAGUAAGUUAUUAAUAAUAAAUGUUGCUAAUAAUAAAUGAAAUUAUUAAUAACAAUAUAAAUACUUAUUAUCAAUAGAAAUAUUAAUAAAAAUAUUUCAAUAAAAAUUAAAAAAUAAAUAAAUAAUAAUAAUAAUAAUAAUAAUAAUAAUAAUGAUGAUGAUGAUGAUGAUGAUGAUGAUGAUGAUGAUGAUGAUGAUGAUGAUGAUGAUGAUGAUGAUGAUGUAAUGAUAAUUGCGUGGUUUUAAUAAAUCAUUUUAUUUUUUCAAAACGUAAAGAUUUUAAGAACAAUAAUAAUAAAUUAAUUUCGGGAAAAACACAUCCAGUUAUUAUUUUUUUUACUAUUAGAGGAGGAUGUUCGAAAUAUCUUCCUUCCAUAUGUAUACAUAAUCGUAUGUGCACGUCUUAAUAAAUUACGACUGGACUGUCUUAUCAUUUCUUCCGUGAUAUUGUUAAUCCUUCAAUGAUGCGAUUAUGUAAUUCCUCUUCAUUUCGGAUUUCUUUUCGUUGGUAAACAUAUUGUUUAAGAUAUCCCCAAAAUAAGAAAUCCAUCGGAGUCAAAUCUGGCGAUCUUGCUGGUCAAUUAAUUGGACCAUCUCGUUAUUAAUAAUUUCAUUUAUUAUUAACAACAUUUAUUAAUAACUAAUUAUUAUUUACUUAUUUAAUUAAAUUAUCCAAGAAUUAAAUGUUUUCCGUAUAAGAUUUAUAAUUUAGUAAUAUUCACCUAUCGCUAUAAUGUACGAUGUAGGUGUAAUACAUACAUACAUAAAAAAAGACUAAUAAAAUCAGCUGUGCAAUAAAAUCAAUAUCACCUGGCUUGAAAAAAAAUCAAUAACAGAUGACAGGUCGAUAUCCGUGUAAGUGUAAUUACGGGCCUGAGCGCGCGAGUUUUAUACAAUAUCAUUGGCAAACUUUGAUCGUUUAUAACUCAAAAACUAUUGCAAAAAAGUUUUUGUAUUAGAAUUUUUGACUCUAUUUUACCUCUAGAACACGCUAAUAAAAUAUUGUAGGAAGUUGUGUGACACUCUGUAUAAAUAAAUAAAUAUAUAUGUAUAUAUAUAUAUAUAUAUAUAUAUAUAUAUAUAUAUAUAUAUAUAAACAUGUAUAGAUGUAUAUAUAAAAGAUUAUCAUUUUUCAGUGAUUUUUACUCUUGUUUUUAUAAGUGCACUAAUGUGCGACUUUAUAUAUUUAUUAUUAAUUUAAUUCUAUUUUGGAAAAGAAAGACAAAAAAUUUAUACUUGUAGCGCCCAAAGAUGACUUUGUAUAUUAAACUUUGAAUCUUUACUACCGAUUAAUGGAAAAAUAAUAAAUUAAUAAUUAUUAAUAUUAAUAAUAAUUUUAUUGAUAUUUAAAAGUAUUUAACUUUAUAUAAUAGUGUGAAUCACUUUCAAACAGCAUUUUUUUAUAUAUAUUUUAUAUAUAUAUGCAGGAUGUUUUUAAAAAAAGUGGAAGUCAAUCGCUCGAGAAGUGAUUGGGGACCCCAAAAACGAGAAAAAAGUUGGUAUAAACAUAGGUCCAGAAAUAUGUUUUCGUGUUAUCACCGUUUUUAUAUUGAAAUUCAAAUUGUUUUCCUUCUACAUUUUUUUUGUCAGAAUUAAAAAAAGAGAUGAUUUUUAUGAGUUUGAUAACAUAAUUAAAAUCCAAUAAAAAUUGUAAGCUGCUUUAGCUCCACUUAAGAUAAAAAAAACUAUAAUAAAAAAAUACAAAUAAAAUAAAAAAAAAUAAAUAAAUACAAAACAAUAAAUAAAUACAAAACCAUUUUUUCUUUCAAUUUUGACAAAAAAAUUCGAAUCCAAAGCUAUUUAAAAUUUCAACAUAAAAAUGACGAUUGAAAACAUUUUCGAAUGUUCCUAUUUAUGUUCAUACCAAUUUUUUUUUUAUUUUUGGGUCCCCAAUCAUCUUCCGAGUAAUUGAUCUCCGCUUUUGAAAUAUCUUGUGUACUGACAGAGUAUUUCGUUUUAAACAGUCCAGUCAAAUAUAUCUCAAAAACUGAGCUAAAGAAUAAAAAUAUUUCAAAUAAAAUUUAUAGAGGAUUUGAAAAAAGAAAAAGUCGAUGUGGAAGUCAUAAAUUUUAACUAUGAUCAUUUUUCAAAAUCAUAUAAAUAUCAACCUUGUUUUUUUCAAAUGAAAAGACAUAUAUUUUUUAUAUCAGAUUUUAAAUGCUAAAUUUGCUCAAUUUUGUUUAGAAAAUCUCUAACAUAUAAGAUGUUUCAUUUUAAUUUCCCCAAGCAAAUAUUUCAAAAAAUAAGGAAAAUUCGACGAAAUGUUUUAGACAAAAGUAUAGGGGGAGCAUAAGAUGGUGCCAUCCGUUUGACCUUGAAGAGUCACAUGAAGGUCACAUAAAGGUCAUUUUAAAUUUCUUAAAUAGAGCACCCUAUAUAUUUUUGCAUAUUUUGGUAGCUUACUUUGAGAGCUUUCCAAAACACUAUAAUUAAAUAUUUCUUCAUCAAGUACUUUUCGAGUUAUAAAGUUUGAAACUCAUAGUUCCGCCGGUAUGAGCGUUACCCAAGAUGUAUUACGUGGAGAUUGCCCGGUUGGAUUUACUUCUCUUGUGUGUGCGUGUGUGUGU